AACUUUUCGACCCCUUUUGGGCAGUGGGAAUCGCCUCAAGCGCCUCUCGAAAGCUUCCACCUUUUCCUUUGUUUAAUGCUUACAGAGCUGUUCACCCUUCCAGUUUUUGGUACGUCAUAUUCUCCCCGAUUAAAAAGAUUUAUAAUAAGUUUUUGGUACGUUGUUUUAAUUGGAUUCUACAGUUCUUUUUGAGCACUUUCUCUCUAUCCAACAAUUCAUUACCAAAAGUUGGAUCAUUUGAAGCUAUUGCUCGCGUCUUCUUGCACUCGACAAGACUCGGCUGCAAAGUUUCCUUCUUGGAUCCAAAGGCAGCGUUUUGGCUUCUCUUCUUCAUCUCGCGCCGCUGAUUUCGACUAGUUUGUGGAGAACGCAGAGCUCUGGUGGCGAAAGAUUGCUCAAAUUCGUCACCUUUAGUUGAGUUUUCUGGUCACUUGCCUUCCUUCUCCUCUGUUUUCCGUCGCUAGAAGUUGCCUUCUUGGGAAUUCAAUCACUUUCAGGACAUUUGCCGUGGUGAUUCUGUGGUUUAUGUGAGGAUAAAGUUGGCUCCUCCUUUUCUCUUUUCUCUCCUGUGGUUCUUGGUCGGUUCUUAUCUUAGCUUAUCUCCGUCCCUGUCCUUGUCUUCAUCAUAAUAAAAGAACACAAGACAAGGUUGUCGACAGUAUCCUUCUCAGUUCUACCCACUACGCCAAUUCCUAUCAUCAUCCCAAACAUCCAUCCGUUGUGUUUCUUAGUUGGAUGUCUUUCUUGAAUAAAGUUACUCUAACCAACUCAUUCCAAUAGAAGCCUCGGCUCCAGCUUAUCUUGUGUUUGGAGAUUUCUCUGUGAGAAAAAGUAUGUCAGCUUACCAGAUCUCCAUAUGUCUCAUCGUUGUUGGAAUAUGUUGUUCUUGGGCUGAUGGCCUUGGAGUGAACUGGGGGACGAUGGCGACACACCCGCUGCCGCCAAAGAUCGUCGUGCAGCUCUUGAAGGAUAAUGGGAUCAGGAAGGUUAAGAUUUUUGAUGCUGAUGCUGCCACCAUGAACGCGCUGGCUGGUUCUGGGAUCGAGGUGAUGGUAGCCAUUCCAAACAAUAUGCUUGGAUACAUGAUCGAUUAUGAGACAGCCAAGAAGUGGGUGAAUCAGAAUGUCACUCGAUACAAUUUCCAGGGAGGAGUGAACAUCAAAUAUGUAGCAGUUGGUAAUGAGCCCUUCCUCACAACCUACAAUGGCUCAUUCUUGAACUUGACAUUGCCGGCCCUUCAGAACGUCCAAACUGCUCUCAACAAUGCAGGAAUCGGCGACACGAUUAAGGCCACGGUGCCUCUCAAUGCUGAUGUCUACAACUCACCUGUUAGCAAUCCUGUCCCCUCAGCUGGGAGAUUCAGAGCUGACAUCAACGACCUCAUGACUGAGAUUGUCAUGUUCCUCAACCAGAGCGGCGCGCCCUUCACCGUCAACAUAUACCCAUUCCUGAGCUUAUAUGAUAAUCCCAACUUCCCUGUGGACUAUGCUUUCUUUGAUGGCACAUCCACUCCUGUCGUGGACAAUGGAAUUCAGUACACUAAUGUGUUUGAUGCCAACUUCGAUACGCUGGUCUCAGCUCUGAAUGCAGUUGGCCUGGGCAAUUUGCCGAUCAUUGUUGGAGAGGUUGGCUGGCCUACCGAUGGUGACAUAAAUGCCAAGGUCUCCUAUGCUCAGAGGUUCUACAAUGGCCUGCUGAGGCGUUUAACAGUGAAUCAAGGGACACCUCUCCGUCCCAACCAGUACAUUGAAGUGUACAUGUUCAGCUUGAUCGAUGAAGAUGCCAAAAGCAUUGACCCGGGGAACUUUGAACGCCACUGGGGGAUCUUUAAGUAUGACGGGCAGCCAAAGUACGCACUGGAUCCUUCUGGGCAGGGACAGAACAUGAUGCCUGUGGCUGCAAAGGGGGUGCAAUACCUGCCUCAGAAGUGGUGUGUGUUCAACCCAAAUGGUGGUGGUGACAUGAGCAAGCUGGGGGACAACAUCAACUAUGCAUGCUCAAGAUCAGAUUGCACUGCACUUGGAUAUGGGUCUACUUGCAAUGGCUUGGAUGCCAAUGGGAAUACAUCUUUUGCCUUCAACAUGUACUUCCAGGUUCAGAACCAAAUGACCCAAAGCUGCUUCUUUCAAGGACUUGCUGUGGAGACGACACAGAACCCCUCAACAGCUGACUGCAACUUCACCAUCCAGAUUGUUUCAUCUGCUUCAGCUUGCUCGCCAUUGCUGAUGGUGUUUGUAUCAGUCCUUGCACUUUUGUUCUUCUAGAGUGAUUUGUUCAUUUUUCUUAGCUGAAUCACUUGUAUGAUAAGAUUCUGAGAUAAUAUCAUUUGUCAGAUCCAUUUAAUAAAGUUCAGAUGAUAUUGGCAAUCAAA